AUGGUCGCCUCAAUCGAACCCCCCGUGGGCCUGGGGAGUCUAAUCAACUCAGCGGAUGAGACUAGCAUCUCCAAGACAGCAACUAGCUACGCCAACUCGGUCUACUUCACAAACUGGGGCAUCUAUGGGAGGAACUAUCAGCCUCAGGACCUCCCAGCCUCCCACAUCUCACACGUGUUGUAUUCCUUCAUGAAUGUGCGGGCGGAUGGAACUGUAUACACUGGUGACUCUUACGCCGACCUAGAGAAACACUAUCCAGGCGACUCUUGGGAUGAGCCUGGCAUCAACGCAUACGGUUGUGUCAAGCAACUUUACCUUCUCAAGAAGGCCCACCGCAAGCUUAAGGUUAUGCUCUCCAUCGGUGGCUGGACUUGGUCGGCCAACUUCCCAGCUGCUGCUAGCUCCGCUGCUACACGAGCUACAUUCGCCAAGUCAGCUGUUACUCUUAUGAAGGACUGGGGUUUUGAUGGCAUUGACGUUGACUGGGAAUACCCCGCGAAUGACACCGAGGCGUCCAAUAUGAUCCUUCUACUCCAGGCUGUCCGAAAUGAACUGGAUUCGUAUGCUAAACAGUACGCACCCGGGCACCACUUUCAGCUAUCAAUCGCCGCCCCAGCUGGCUCCGAGCACUAUGGAAAGCUCCAUAUGAAAGAACUUGGAGCCCUUCUUGACCGUAUCAACUUGAUGGCGUAUGACUAUGCAGGUUCCUGGAGCGCCUACUCGGGCCACAACGCCAACGUCUACAAAAGAACCGACAACCCUAAUUCGACUCCUUUCAACACCGAUGACGCUGUCAAGGCCUACAUCAACGGUGGCGUCCCCGCUAAGAAGAUCGUACUUGGUAUGCCCAUCUACGGCCGCUCGUUCCAGGGCACCUCGGGCAUUGGCCAGCCCUUUUCAGGAGUCGGGCCUGGAAGCUGGGAGAACGGAGUCUGGGACUACAAGGCUCUGCCAAAGAGUGGGGCUACGGUCUCUUACGACGAUGUAGCUAAGGGCUACUAUAGCUACGACACGAGCACGAAGGAGCUCAUCUCUUUCGACACUCCUGAUAUGAUCAAAAAGAAGGUAUCCUAUCUUAAGAGUCUUGGCCUCGGCGGCAGCAUGUUCUGGGAGGCCUCAGCAGACAAGAAGGGCUCGGACUCGCUCAUCGGCACCAGCCUUAAGUCUCUUGGGUCGUUAAAUUUCACGAAGAACUAUCUUCACUACCCCAAUUCUCAAUACCGCAAUAUUGCUGCGGGAAUGGCUUGA